CAGGAGGGCUUGCAAGUUAUUCGUUUGCACCAUUUUACCGUUCUGUACAGUAUCCAGGGGCAACAUGACGUCUAGAACGUAUUUCGUCACAGCGUAAUUGUUUUAUUUUGAAAAUCUCCCAGGAAGCGCAUUGCUCCUUUAAAACUUGAUGCUAGUAUCUGUCAAAUCUUCAGUAAAAUGCCGGCUGCCGUCAUCCUCACGAGGCACUGCGCUGGAGUCAGCGUGCCAGCUGCCCGCCGGGCUUUACCCACCGUGUUCCUCCGUGUAAACGGCUCUUUCAGGAGGUUCCCUGCGGCGUAGAGGACUGCUCACCGGAACACUGCAUCUUCUUCUGCAACCAUGCGUUUAUUUCCCCAUGCAACACCCUGCCCUGCAAAGACAAGUGGGUUGAAUGAAGUAAAAGUCGGAUGUAGAUUCCAAGGACCAAUGAGAAGGAGAAGCAGUAUCUAGAGCUAAUGGCCAGUUUAACCUAAAUAUUGCAGAGCUCUAUGGAUGGAUCUCUGGGACAUAACUGCAUCAGACGGCUGCUGGCAUGCUGUUCAACUUUGAAGGACAGUAAGGAACCUUUGUCUUCACCAGCUGCUGCAAAACUGCAUAGCACCUGAUAAAAAAAAAAUAAAUAAAAAAACCUCGUAAGUAGAAGUUCUAUGCAACAGGAUAAGAGCAACAAGCUUUACAUAAGCUGGAUCUUUUCUGACCUUUGAUGUUCUGAGGGGUCAACUGCAAGGCCAAAAGAGAGAUAAUGAACCAAUCUAUAGGACUGUGUAUGCUGGACGUUACACCCCACCUUGCCAUUCUGUCUCUGUCUAAUACUUUCACUGCUGUUUGAAUUUUCCUUGAACUCUUGAGGCCUGGACUGGAUGCUGGAAUCAGUGAUCCUAAAGGAGAAAUUCUGAGAAUCUUGGCAUGCUUUGGAUGCCAUACCAGUUUAUAACCAACAGAUUAUAUCUGGUACUACUGUGAUCAGCAGUACCAAGAACAGCCAAGCAGUAUAGCAUAAAGGUUUUUGACCUUUAUUACUUUUUUCUGGGAAAAAAUAACUCUUAGCUCAUCAUGUUUCUGAACUGUGGUCAACCAUUGCCUCUGCUUAGUGACAAGGAUGUACCCCCUCGUGUUACAGAAAACUUCAUCCUGUCAGGCUACCGGUUCCCAAACUACAGCCUGAGGGACUGCUUGUGUUCGGCAUUCCGGCCUACCAAUGAAACAGGAAACUUCUGGACACACUUCCUACCCAUCUUCAUUUUUGCUUACUACUUUCUACAGAUGUUUAGUUGGGAUGGUGCACCUGAUGCCGACGCCCCGUUCUUUUACCCAAUGUGGAACUACUUUAUUGGGGUGUUUUUUCUGCUCCUGGCCAGCAGCAUGGCCCACCUGCUGAACUCAAUGUCUCUGGUCGUAAGGGAAGUUUGCUUCUUCGUUGAUUAUGGCACAAUCAGUGCCUACACAGUUGGCUCAUCAUUGGCAUACUACUACUACAUCCAUCCUCGGGCAGGGAUAGUGGAGAAAGAAGACAGGAACGGCUCCUAUUUGGACCUAAACCACAAGCAUAAAGGGUUUUUAUCACCUAAUGCCAUGCCGGAAUUCAACCUGUUCUUUGAGACCUACUACAUGCCAUGUGCAUGUGUUAUAGCAAUCAUAUGUGUUUUAUCCUGCUGUAACACUCGUCAGAGGUGGAGGGAGCAUCGCUACAUCAUACGGACUCUGGUUUUCCUACUGCCAUUCCUAAUCUCCUCCACACCGGUCUUCUACCGUGUCCUCACCAGAUCGCCUUACUCCACCACCACGCCUUCCUUUGCUGCCUCCACCACCAUGCCCAACUUCUUCUAUCGCCACUCUCUGUGGCUGCUGGUGUCGGCCCUGUUCAACAUCAGCAAGUUCCCAGAGAGGCUGGCCCCAGGUCGAUUCGACAUCUGGGGCCACAGCCACCAGUGGUUCCACUGCUGCACAUUUUUGUCCAUCCUCGACGAACUUCACAUGAUCCAGGCUGAGGUGAGAGCCAUCCUGCUCAAUCCUGAUUUCCUCUUACCCCCUACUGCGCUUUCCCGCCUACCUGGACCAACCAUUGCUUCUACCUACGGAGUGAUGCUCCUACUCCAGACUACCAUUGUCUCAAUCAUUGCGUGUUUCUCCUGGCAUGCAAACUGUAUCUACAGCCCUCAAAGGGACCAGCUAAAGAAACAAAUGAAAGUCGACUAACCCAACUAACUUUCUUUAUUACUGUGAAAGAUGAUUUGCACAUGCCUAAAAGGUAAGGGUGCACCAAUAAAUCGGGUCAGAUUUUCUUAAUUUUGGUGAGAUCGGUGAUCUGCUAACAUGAAAAAUCUGUCUUAACUACCUAUCUUAUCUAACUCCACAAAGAUCUGAAAAUCAACCAUUGUCCUCUUUUGUUCUGCAGUGAGAGGCGUGACUGACAGACCCCUCUACAAGUCACUUCUACUUGUGCAAAAUUAACAAUAAUCACCCUACCUUUGCCAACUUAGUGGCUUUGUCACUAUAUUUUGUGAAUUUUCAGACAAUCGGCCUAAAUCAGAAUUGACAGGUCAGGUAUUUUAAAGAUUGGUGAUUGGCUAUAAAACUACAAUUGGUGCACCCCUGCCAUGCCAUAAGAACUGCACAAGAAAACAUUAUUGUCCAUGUGAUUUAAAGUCUCAUGCAUUCUGAGCCCAUCUGGGCCCAUUAUGAUGCUUUCAUAGGGAGAAGUAGGAGAUUGGAGGAGAUGACAGGAUUAUGUCUGGGCUCGCUACAUGGAAGCUGUCUUGUUGAGUGGAUAUUUAAAGUCCUUGCCAGCUUUUUCCCCCCCCCAGAACAGCUUUCUCAUUCAAUAUCUAAAAAGUGGGCUGGACACUUUAGAAUAGAGGUUGAUAUUUGAUUAUGAGUCUGCAGGAACUCUACAUGUAGUUCUAACUACAUGUUGGGAGAAAAACCCAUAAUCUAGAGAUUAUGGGUUUUUCUCCCAAUUGUUCUCAUCAUGUCCAACUUUUUGUUGCACUGUUUUUUGUUUUUUUUCAUUUCAUUCUCUGCUAUGUAUUUGAUGUUCCUCAGCUUUGAAAUUAACGAGACCCAUAUUGUCUUGCUUUGUUAUUUCCUUUUAUGGCCUUGGUUAGCUACUCCAGGAAGUCUUAUUUCCUCUUUCUUAGCCCUGCAGCAGGAAGUUGCACGGUUUUAAGGGCAUCAGCUCAACAGCUGAAACUUUGUAUGAGUCUUACUAUGAAGCACUUUCAGGGAGACAGUCAGACUUACCCUAUCUUUUAAGAAAGCCAUGCUCAUGUUUGAAUCUGAAAGGAUAAAAAUUGUUUGAUAAGCAUGUUAUGAUGUCCUGUAGAUAGCUUAUUUAGAUUAUUAUCUAGCUUAUUUAGAUGUGAAACUCAUUCAUGGUACAUUUGAUGCAGUUGCUGCUUGGAUUGUGUCCAGCCUUUAAUCAUAUUUAGACACCACUCAGUAUCUUUGUCCUGGCAUCUUCUUUUCUUUUACUUAUCUACCACUCUUUUAGGUUAUUAAGAAUGAAGCUAAGGUUGUUUUCUACUUGGAGGCUCUCUGAACUUUUUCUUGCCUUUGAAUGUAGAGCAAACUUUAGUUGCUGAAAAUGGCUGCACUUGUUGUCCUUCAUUUGCUAAAAUGUGAAGGGAUAGUUUGGUGUACAGGGAUUGUUUCUCCUGAGGCAGGUUUUCUGGAGAAUUUAUCAAUGGUUAGGUGCAGUAGAUGUUUUCUUUAUUGAGCUUUCAUUGAAAAGAUUGGGCCUGGACCAAAUUGGGGUCUGGACCAAAACAGAUGUCUACCACUGUAGAACAUCUGCAGAGGUUAAGAUUUUAUGGUGGUUCAACGUUAUUUUGCAGUCAUCUCUUUAUUAGACAGUUGGUUCCAAAGAAUUUUUUUUUUACAACACACAUUGUGGAGGUUCCAGUCUUUAACAAUGACAUUCCCAGAAAAAAAAGAAUGUGAGGAGGCUAUCUGGCUAGACAAACAGUAAUCUGGUGUGCAAAAACAAAUGUGAAAAUAUGUCAGUUCCUUAUGUUAAAUUGACAUUGAUCUAGUAAUACUGACUUAAAGCACAGGUGUCAAACUCCAGUCUUCAAGGGCCGAUGUCCUGCAGUUUUUUGAUGUCCCACAGGUACAAAACACUGGAAUGAAAUGGCUUAAUU